AUGGUCCAGCCCAGAAUGGAAACCGGCCAAGCAAAGCAAAAGCUUCGUCUGGCCUGUGACAAUUGCCAUCAAGCCAAAGUGAGGUGCUCCGGUGAGAGGACCUGCCACCGCUGCUUGGAGAGAGACCUGGAUUGUCGUUACAGCUUAGCAACGCGAGCAGGGAAACCAAAAGGUAGCAGAAAUCGAAAGACUCUAGAACGCCUGAGUAGGAUGCGGGAAAAGUUAGAACGUGCUCAGAAAGAGCACACAGAUGUAAUUCAAGAUGCACCUCGCUCACUCAGUGGCUCUAACACUUCGUCCGUCACGCCCUAUGAAGCAUCAUGGUCUCCUGGCAGCAGUUGUCACACCGAACUGAAUGGAGUUGUUGAUAUCGACUUGAAUGCUUUCUGGUAUGGUCCUGAUGACUUGCCCUCAUUUGGUUUAUUAUCCGAGACUGGCAAUUCCUGCACUAUGGAUACGGUCGAUUCAUUUGAUCCCGUACACAAAAUGUCCUCCAAAAUUGUAGGCCAAUUUUCCACCACCUGCAAGAAUGGAGAUGAAAGCUUUAGCGCGGCCAUAUCGGGCCCGGCGGGUUUCCAUUCCAACCUUGAUCCGUCUCUUUUGCUAGAUUCUGCAAAGCCGCCAAAUCAUCUUGACGUGGCUACGUUUACGGAAGUGUCAGCCAAUGACAAUGUUCAAGAAAAUUCGCAUCUGCUUUCAUCGACCGUAUCAACGGAAAUGCUACUCAAAGAGGCUGGUGAUACCAACAAAUCUCUGCAAACUCCAAAUUUAUGUAGUCGGUGUGAGUGCAUCGAAAAUCAAGUGAAAGUGGUCGACCGCUUGUUCCGACUUGGACUGUCAUCAGAAAAACAGCGCUUGGAUCUUGGUUUAGAGUGUACGACAUCCGCGCUUUCGACUUGUCGAACAUUUCUCGUCUGUGAGAAAUGUGAGAAGGACUCCAUUAGCACUCUCCUCGCUCUUUCUGCGAUUAGACUUGUCUUUCGUUGCUUUGAGAGUCUCUUUGCCCAUAAUUUCUCCGCACAAACAGCUUCGGACCCGAUGCCAUUAAAAUUAGGAGACUAUCAAGUUUCACAAGAAGAAGGGAAAGUCGUCAAGACGGUUCUCAUUCGGCAGGUUCUUCUGCGUGGAGGUGAUACCCUCGCAAGCUUCCGUCAAUUGCUGGAUCGGAACGUCGAAGCUAGUGCAGGCAGUGUUCGAGGAUCUGAGCCAGACGGAUUGGUGUAUGAAGGAAAAGCAAGAAGCUAUCCCACUCCCCCUGCCGUGGCAUUUUCUCAAGAGGAGGAUCUUCUCGGUCAUAGUCUAGCCUACCCACUGGCUGCGAGCUCUCCAAAUUCCUCGAACCUGGGAAGCCUCAGCAGAUUUGAUGUACGCUAUCUCCAACACGAGAUUAAACAGCUCGAGGGAGUUCUCGAAGGUUACAUCCAAGACAUAUCAGACUGCUCCUCAAGAUAG